UUAAAGAUUCAUGUUCCCACACUUUGCUACAGUUCUGUAUUAGUCUGCUGGAUGGGAAUCUGCAGUGGUGCAGUCUGUUACCUUGGAUACCAGCUAACACUUCCCAAUAGGGCAAGCUUCACUGUUGCUUGGAGGAACUAGAAGUGGGAACCAGGAAAAACAGUCCUGGGAUGACCAGGGCCCUUCUCCCAGAGUUGGAGAAAUAGAGAAAUGCAGGGCUACCUCUCUCCCUUUGACAAGAUGCCGUUUCCUAAGGACCUGUUUGCAUGUUCUCCUCCCCUCCUGUGACCAGUCUCCCAAGGAAAAUAAGCCCUGGAUGUUUUUAUAAUGGCCGCACAAAUUAGUGAUGUCUUCCAUGGUCAAGACAGUACAUUUCUGGAAAAUCAUUGCAUGAGGAGAGACAAUGACAGAGAUCCAAAGAAGCAGUUGAACCAGAAGAAUAUCAAUGAACUUGGCCAAAAGCUAGACAAUGGACUCCUGGUUACGCAUGUUAACCAGACACAAGACUUACUGAGGCUGCAGGGGGAUGAGACCCAGCCUUCAGUCUGGGAGAAUUCAGAAGAUUGGCUUUCAAUGCACAGUUUAAAGUCUAAGAAACUCACUUUGGCUGACCUGAUAUGCCAGGGCACAGCUGUGCCGGAGGAGGCCAGCAGUGUCUCAAAGAAAAUGCACUUCCCCAUCCAGACCGUCCACCAAUUUGAAGCCAAGCUUUCUGAAGCUAUUGAACUCUAUCAACAGAGAAUUCAGUGGCUCACAGAAAACAGCAAGAAGGCAUUUGGCCUCAUCAAGGGGGCCAGAGUCGGCAUUCUCAUUGACGUGUCAGCUGUCAGCAGUGGCCCUCAGAAAGAGGAGUUCCAAAAUGACCUCAUGAGCCUCAUUGACGAGCAGCUGAGCCGUAAAGACAAGCUGUACAUCCUGUCCUUCGGCGCUACCACCAGCGCCCUCUGGCCCAGCCCGACAGAAGUCAGCGCCUCCAGUCUCCAGGAACUCAAGCUUUGGGUGAAAAAACUGAAGCCUGACAGAGGCAGCAAUCUGCUACAAGCCCUGAAGAAAGUCUUCGUUCUGAAAGGGCUGAAUUCUCUGGUGACCAUCAUGGGAAGCUGCCCAGAUCAGCCUUCUGAAAUCCUGUCCGAUUACAUCCAACAGUCUACCAUGGGAAGGGACCUCAUUACCCAUAUCAUCACCUACAAAUGUGAUGAUCAGGUGCCAACUGCUGUUCUGAAGAACCUUGUGGAAGCUUUUGGGGGCUACUAUCACUGCUACAGCCCAGAGACAGAGAUCUGCAGCAGCCGGGAGGUGGAUGAGCUCCUGGCAGAAAUCCAAAAGGCCCAGAGCCUCCAGGACCACGUGCAAGCCCUGCACCCCGACGCCCCCUGUGAGGAUCCCACCGGCGCGAUGCAGGAGAUUUCCACAGAGAUUGCAAAGAGUUCACUCAUGAGUCUCUUGCCUAAACCCCCAAAGCAUGAGGAUCCCCUCAUGAUUGAGUUCCCAAACUUGGACAUGACUUCUACAGAAUGGCUAAAGACCAAUAGCCUUAAAGCCAAGAAGCUAAGCCUUUAUCAGGUUCUGGCACCCAAUGCAUUCUCUCCCGUGGAGGAAUUUGUGCCUAUUCUCCGGAAAACAGUAUCAUCAACUAUCCAUGAGAAGGCAAUGGUGCAGUUUGAAUGGCAUGACGGGACAGUGAAGAAUAUUCACGUGGACUUGCCCUUCCUGUAUGAAUACCAGAAAGAGCUCAGCAGAGCGAUGCGGAUGUAUGAGAGGCGGAUCGAGUGGCUCUCCUUGGCCAGCAGAAGAAUCUGGGGCACCGUCUGUGAAAAAAGGGUGGUUAUACUGCUCGAUAUCUCCGUGACCAAUUCCAUGUACAUUAUUCAUAUCCAGCACUCCCUGCGACGCCUGCUGGAGGAGCAGCUGUCCAACAAAGACUGCUUCAACAUCAUUGCGUUCGGAAGCACCAUCGAAAGCUGGAGGCCCGAGAUGGUUGCCGCCAGCCACAGCAACUUACAAAACGCCUGGCGGUGGGUCCUGAACCUGCAGUGUCAGGGCAGCAGGAACGUCCUCAGCGCCCUGCGGAAGGCUGUGGAAGUGGACUUCAAGGACAAAGAAGAUCAGCAGUCACAGGGCAUCUACCUCUUCACCGGGGGCAUCCCUGACCAGGACAUGGCCAUGCUCAGCGCCUACAUGGCCGAGGCCUGCGGGGGCUGUGACUUCCAUCUGAACGUGUGUCUCUUCUAUGUGGGUGAGUCACAGACGGACACCAUGCCCCCUGCUUGCUAUGCCAGCCGCACGGACACGGCCGCCGCCUACAGGGAGGUCACCCGGGCUGCUGGUGGGCGCUUCCACUGGUUUGGAGACACAGGUAUUUACGAAAGUGAUGAUAUCAGUGCCAUCACGUCUGAGAUGGAAAAGGCUCUCAACUACUCCCAAAAGUGUGCCUUACUCGUGUCCUCCCUGAAGAACCAGUCUGGAAAAGGACAGGAAAGUGCAGCCCUCCUGAAAGAGAAGCCGAAUGUGCUCCAGCCGAGAAGUCAGCCCAGGAAGUUCUGUCCUUCCAAGCCCACAGCACCCUCCGUGGCCAGAAUGAGUGUUAAAGAUGACCCUGACAGAGAGAAGAGGCCCCCCUUGAAAGCUCUGCCAUGGCGUCCACUCAGUGGCAAAGCAGGCAUCCCCUCAGCUGCAGCCCCGCCAGUGAAGAAAGGGACUGCCAAGUGGAGGAAGAAGACCCAAUCGAGGGAUGCAGAAACAGCUCUCUUGCUGUUCUACACAGAGACGGGGAAUAAUGUGGGUUCCGUAUACAAGAAGUACCCUCAAAGAAGGGGCCUAAGAAGGACUAGAUCUUCUAUUGAGUUGCCCAGAAAGGAUACAGUCUGCUCCAGCCAAGAGUGGGUAGCAAAUUAUGGGUUAAAGAAACUAAAGAUGGAGGUCUCCAGAUACCUUGGUCCCAACUGCACUCAUCAAAAAUCAGUACAGAUGUCAGCAUCAGCCAAAUACUGCAGUGUCUUCCCCAGCAUAGAGAUCAAUGGGACAGUGAGACACAUUGAGUGCACCCCCAGGGAAAUGGAGGUGUACAUCACACACCUGGACAAGCUGAUGCACCGCUACGUCCAGAGGCUGCAGUGGCUGCUGUCUGGGAGCCGCCGACUGUUCGGAGUCAUUUUGGAGAGGAAAGUGUGCAUCCUGCUGGACACGUCGGGAUCCAUGGGCCCCUACCUGCAGCAGGUGAAGACGGAGCUUACCCUGCUGAUAUGGGAACAGCUGCGGAAGCACUGUGACAGUUUUAACCUGCUCAGCUUUGCAGAGGGCCUACAGCCGUGGCAGGACACUCUGGUGGAGGCCACAGACGCAGCUUGCCACAAGGCCAUGCAGUGGGUGACCUGCCUGCACGCUCAGGGGAGCACCUCAGUCUUGGAAGCACUGCUGAAAGCUUUCAGUUUUCCUGAUGUAGAAGCACUAUACCUCCUGACCGACGGGAAGCCAGACACAAGCUGCAGCCUUGUUCUCAGUGAAGUCCAGAGACUGAAGGAGAAGAGAGACGUCAAAGUGCACACCAUCUCCCUGAACUGCUCUUGCAGGACUGCUGCUAACUUCUUGAGAGACCUGGCCGCCCUCACCGGGGCGCGCUAUCACUGCCCUGUUAGUGAGGACUCGCUUCUGGAAAUGCAGGGCCUGCUGACCAGGGGCUUCCUCCACCAAAGGGAUCCUGCGCUGCCACUAUUUGAAGGAGAUGAUUUAAGGAGAUUGGCCCAGGAGAUCACCAAGGCCAGAGGCUUCCUCUGGCAGGCCCAAUCCAUCAGGUCCCAACUCCAGAAGAAAAACAACCCAGAACCGAAGGUCGCUCCUUUUUAGAGAAGCGUUCUCAGUCCACGGCUGUAACACAGACUCAGCAUCAGCCCAUCUUGGAGGAAGAAAAAAUAAAUGAGUCUCGCCACCACCCCCCAAACUGCUCAACCAAACUGGACUGCAGUCUGCUCUGGAGCCCAAUCCAGAGCAAAUUCUUGGCUCAAGCUUGUGAAAACUGGGCUGGCUCUGCUGGGCCAGCCCCACUGUGUACACACGAAAUGAAUGUGUCAUGUAUUACAUCAUUGAGG